AUGGAUGGUGUUGAUGAAUCACUUGUAAAACAGAUGGGCAAAAAUAAAGUUGACGGUACCUUCGUGGUCAAAUUCAAGUUACCUGGUUGUGAAGAUGGCGGAGUUGGCGAUAAUGUUGUGAAUUCGUCAUCGGCAGUGAUAUGUGUUGGCAUCAGAAAUAUUAAUUUUUGGGAAGAUGGAGAAUAG